UCAAUUAUCAUCAUAUUUAGCUAGCACUGGUAUAGACCUAGUUGUUAAUCGAGAUCAAAUAUUUGGUAUUCUUAGAGAGUGUCUACAUAAGCAAGCUGGUAUGGAUGCUCUUCGGGGGCACAUUAUGGCACAGAUGAAUACUAGUAAUAGCUUUAGAAAUCCUUCAAUUGCCCAUGACUAUGCAAAUACUGCUGGUAAUAAUGCAGUAACCCUCAGGGGUGAACCUAUAGGAGACUUUUACUCAAAACUCUUAAAAUAUAGAAAAAUGCUUAAUUCUGAUGAGCAACAGAUUAAGGAACAAGUUCUAAGAGAUUUGUCUCCAGACUUGGAGGAUGAUAUAGAAUGCAUUG